AUGGCUGAAGAUAAAGGUGAAGGCCCUGAAGAUGAGGACACGAUUGGUAUUUACUUUGGCGGUCGCAGUGCUGAUGGCGAGAGGCACGGUGAGGGCUGGGCAGUGCUGCCGAAUGGAGACUAUUACCAGGGCUGCUAUUGCCGUGGCAUGAGGAAUGGAAAGGGCUUGUACGUUUUCAAAAACGGGGCGAGAUACGAAGGUGAAUGGCGUAAAGCGAUGAAGUAUGGGGUGGGGAGCAUGAUAUACCCCGAUGGCUCCCGCUACGAAGGGGACUGGAGGCAUGACCUGAAGCAUGGGUUCGGUGCCUACUACUACCCCAACGGAGAUAUUUAUGAAGGCGCCUGGUUCAAGGGCAGACGACAUGGUUUGGGGACGUAUUUCUUCGCUGAAUAUCAGAUCAAGUUUAUGGGGACUUGGGUAGAGGGUACAAUUGAAGGGCCAGGCCAAAUUAUUUACCCACGAGUGCGAUACCAUGGAUCAUGGUUAAAAGGGAAGCCGAAGGGACCUGGCUGCUUCGUGUUUGACACAAACUGUAUGCAGCACGGCUUUUUUCUGCUGACGAAAGAUCCGGACUUUGAGGAAUACGGGGAAGGCGAGGAAGAGAAGGAAGAUAGAGAUAAGAUUCCCAAGGAGGAUAGAAUGGAGGAAGGAGAAGAGGAAAUUGAGAUUGAUGAAACUCUGGGUAAAGUAGCAGUGUGGCGAGCUCGUAAUGUAACGGCGUAUAUGGCGGAGUUCCUGCCUCCGGAACCAGUACCCCUGCCAGUUCACGACUCGGUUCCAUCUCUCACCGACGAGAGCAUCGAGACGGAUGUGCUGCGAUUGGAGCCGUCUACAAUCACGGCGGAAGAGGGUGACGACGAGAACGACUCCUGGCUGCUGCAUCGCCAGCAGUUCCUAGAGGAAACCGCACAGACUACCACCCGGGCAAAAGAAUAUUAG